AUGACCCAUAGGACAUUCAGGUCGUAUAUGAGUGCAGCUCUUGGGUCGUCAUCCUUCAGUUUACACAGUGUUUCCAAGUAUGAAGUCUCACAGGGUUUUCGUAAUAGUGAUAUUAUUAGGUGCCUAUAAUGUUAUAGCCGAUGACCACGACCAUGACCACCAGCAGGCCAAACCAGACGACCCACAAUCCCCUAAGGAAGAUGGCGACAACACCGGAAGUGACAAUGGAAAUGGAAAAGAUGGGUCCUGGAAUAUCCCCGGAGGCAAUUUCCCCGAAGGAUCCGAACUUACAGGGAACGGCCUGGACAGGUUAACUGACAGGUUUGAGGAAAUGUUCGACGGGCCCAACGGCCAACAGGGAUCCGAAUCAGCUGGGAUUAAAAACAUGUUCAGGAACCUUGGUCAAAAGCUGGCCAACUUGAGACGAUCCCAGAACGCUAAUCCGAGAGGUCAAGGUGACCCUGACCCUCUUCCCCAACCCUUCGCCAGCAACCCGUGUUUCCAGAGUCAGGAGAAGAUUCAGGAAUUCUCCGACGAAAUGUCGGACCUUUUACCAGACGCAGAUAUUACAGAGAACGUUGAUACGGGAGAAGAUUUCAUGGAGGGCCCGGAUGAAGAACCCAGUGAAAUUAUAGAGAAGAUGUCGGACUUCACCCUGGAGUGUUUCGCCCCUAUGCUGGAUAACCACACCAAACACCAGAUGUGUCGUAUGUUCUCCAAGAAGUCUCUCCGAAGCUUCCAAAAGUUGAUGAGUGUUGGAAUGGACUGUGUGGAGGCCCUGGAUGACAUCAACAAUGAUGGCCGGCAUGACGACGAUGACGAUGACGAUGACGAUGACGACCUUGAUCUUCCACAUCAGAUGUUACUGAUGCAGCACAUGAAGAAGCGUCCAUUUGCCCAGUGGUCAAAAACUGACAUUGACCGUGCUUUCAAACUGGCACCGGAUACUUUCGACGAUGACGUCAUUGAGGGUCUGUCGGAUAACGUCUUUGAGUCCAGCCUUCAAGACCUUGGGCGCUUGGUCAUGCGGAAUAAAGGAAGUCCGGCCAUGCAGGGUGCGCUGAGGCAGAGGAUAGCAAAAUGGAGGGUGCCAAGUCGCAUGAGCUCAGCAGACAUUGCUCGAGUAGGUGCCGGCCUGGCUGCCUUUGACCCGGAGGACCUCGAUGACAUCAAGCCUGAAAAUCUCGCUGAAGCUAACUUGGAUGAUGUUGACCUUGAUAUUGAUGACGAUGAUCCAAGGAGUCUGACUAUUGGCCGUUUGAUGAUGAAAGGAAUUCAGAAACACCCAUCAGAAUACACAAGGGUCGACAUCAGAAGAAUGCUUCCAUUCAUGAAGAGUGACCAAAACAUGGUCCGUGGUCUGGACUCCGGCGCCCUCCUGCUAGCUCUGCCGGACGUGUCCAAACUUAAAUUCGAGUACGACGAGGCUCAUCCGAUCUGCAGGAAGCUCCGCGAGUUGCCGGACUGGGAUGAAGAUCGCGACAUCACCCAGGAGAAACUGCUGAAGCUGGGUCCUAUCAUGGCUGGGUGUGGAAGAGACUUCUUCGAUGAUCUCCCUUCGACAGUUAUAGACGGGGCGCUGACUGCCAUCAAGGAUAUCGACUUCGAUGACACAGAGGCUGGAGAUCUUCUUGGAAAACUGAGUAUUCCCGAGUUCAAAGACUUCACGUCGGCCCACUUCAGGCAGAUUGGCAAGCUUGCCAAGGCAAUGAGAGCCGACGACAUUGAUGACUUACCCGACAGCGUUGUUGCCGAGACUCUGGAUGACCUUGACGACGUCGACAUGGACGACUGGAAACGGAAGAUGUUCAUCAUAAAGGCAAUGGCCACCAACAAGAACAAGCUCCCUAUCAAACUCCUACUUCUUCCUCAUUUCGCUGAAGCCCUCAGCAUGGACGACAUUGAAACAGCCGACGUACAAGACAUCAAAAUGCACCUGGCCGGCGCCGGCAACAUCAAAUGGAGAAGAAGCUUGGCCUCCGCGCUGUUCCACAAGAUACGCGAAUUCAACCCCAGCCUAAACGUUGACGACUUGCACGAACUCGGCAGCAUCGUCACAGGUAUGUCCGAAGAAGACAUCAGCAACAUGCGUGAUGACAAGAUGAACGUCGUCAACCUCGCCGCCCAAUUGGCCGACCACGAAGACGACCUCUCCCUGUCACAGUCUGAAGCCAUGGCAGUAAAGAUUAGAAAUGCCUUCAACUUCGACAACCGCAACACUGUGGAGAUGGAUGAAACCGACGUGUUGCAGGUGGCACCUUUCCUUCAGUACCUACCAGAAGCCCAGUUCAACAAGAUCAAGAUGUCACGGCCUGCCAGAGAGGCCUUCCUCACGGCCAUGAACAGAGGCGCUAAGUCUAAAAUCAACCGAGAGAAGCUCAUAUACCUCAUGGGGCAGGGAGAAUCCAUGCUAAACACUCAGGAAUACCGAAUGACGGACAUGGGGACGGAAUGGGACGAUAGGAAAGUUGCGAAGCUUGGAGGUCUUCUUCAGGGCAUGCCAGACAAGGUCAUCAGGAGGCUGCCAGGCUCUGCCCUGAUGAGAAACAUUCGCAGCUUCUCCGGGGCAGCGCUCACCAAGCUCCAGGCAGAGGCCAUCAUGAGCAAGGUCGAGGAACAUGACUCGUCCUGGAACUGCAAACGUGAGCGACUGGCCCAGGUGGGACCUUUCCUGAAACACCUCAGUGAAGACAAGCUGAAGACCAUCUGUAAGUCCGAGAUGGCGGCUGCAGCCUCUGCUGUGAUCAAGGGCAUGAACCGCAACGACGAGGCCAGGAUGGAGAGAAGGAGGCAGGGAUUUAUGAGGGAAGAGACUAUGAUGACAACAGAUGGAGAGAAGAGAGUAGUGCAGCUCAUUCAGGAGAGCCUGAGUUCCGACGUGGCGACAAGGAGGAGACGGGCCGUUGCUGGGCCCACCUGCCACCAGAUUAAGACCCUCGGGUCGAAAGCUGCCUUCCUGGACGUGACGACUCUCUCCGCCAUGGAUCAGACAGAGUUCCCCAACUGUCUGCAGACUCUGGGAUCUAUCAGCGGUUGGGAGAAACCUCAGCUCGCAACUCUGCUGGACAAGACAAAAUAUGUUCAUGGUCCCCCCAAAACGUGGAGCGUAGAGAUCGUCAGACAGGCGGGAAGCAUCCUGGCCGCCCUCACGCCAGCCGAGCUGAGUCAGAUCAAGCUGUUCACCCUCGAUGCCAUAGCGUCCGCAGGAAAACAUCACCUUUUUUCACAAGAACAGUUGAGGGUUGGAUUUUACCGAUGGUUGAACAACUCCAAGGCUAAUGACAUCAGCAGAGUUUCAGCAGCAGAAAUGACCUCCCUCGGCAACUUCAUCUGUGCCCCCGAGCCCUCAGAUAUCCUGCUGUUCUCAUCCUCGGCAAUCAGAGGUGCGCUAAAUGUGAUUGGCGGAUUGAGGUCAUGUGACCAAAAUCAACUGCGGGCCUAUGCCAGACAGACGAUAGCAAUCUAUGGUGGAAAUGUAGGCAGUUGGAACGAACCCGUUAUCUCCGAUAUGGGAAUAGUCAUCGGUGGACUGAAGGCAAACCAGAUAAGAAUGCUGAGAGCCAAACAGAUUGCUGUUAUAAGCACAGAAGUCAUUCCACAUCUCACAGUUGAUGUCAUACAGUCGUUCACCGCCACCCAAAUGAACAGGUUCAGCGCAAACCAGGGUAAUGCUUUCACUGAGGAACAAUAUCGUCAUCUCUCCGCAGACAAAAAGGAGGUCGUUUCUCGCAAAGCGACCAUUGCAUUCAGAGAGUUUCCCGCUGGUGCCGCUGGUCUAUCUUACUUGACACCAUUAUCCGCCAUCGCCUGUUUGAUUGGUCUCUUCCUACGCUUUUAAUAGCACGGUGUUCAUAACACCGAUAUAGUUGAGUAUCUUUGGUAUGGAUACAAAUAUCUUAAGAAAUCUCUGGAAGAAAAUGGGAGGGAUGCAACUAUCAAAUGUUGAAAGUGCCGUGAAAACAUCUUCUGUAGAAUCUGUUUUGUGAAUUCCAAUCAAACUAGACAUUCCAGAAUUGUAUAAUUUUUUAUUUACGUGUGCAUUUAAAAUGUAAACUGCCGGGCAAAUGGAAGUAUACACUUGAAAAUUGGAUUUGACCAAAGAAAUCACGAACGUUAUCAAAACGUUAUAUGGUGCAAACAAAUCACAACUAUGAUACCCGCAUCAAAUACAUCGUAAUGGAACCAUUUUCUUUUUGGGGGUUCAUUUUUAGCCACCAUCAAACAUGGGUGCAUACUUUCUUUUGCCCGUCAGUAUACAUAAAAACGUAUGUUUUGAAAUUUUGAAAUGUUUGUGCAAGGAAAGUGCUGAAGGCACUGAUUGCAUACUUGCUAAUUAAACUUACCUGUCCAUGAAGGUAUCGCAUGCACAUUGGCAGUGAUGAAAGAUUUGUUGUUUAUAUGUGAGUAUGUCUAUAUUGUUUUUGUGUUGUUUAUGCGACAUAAACACGUUUUUAUUUAUCACUAUAAAGUGUUUGAUGGUCAACAAUCGGUGUCACCAUAAGCUGCCUUGUAACCCUGUUGAAUCGUUAUUUCUGUACCAUUAUUAUGCAAUUCAGCAUAUAUUUCAGCCAUAUUACUGCAAUAGUAUCUAAAAUAGAAAGAAAAAAUGUUUAAGGCUGCUAUACAUCAAGAUUAACAUAAGCAAUACAAAACGUGAAUAUUUACUCUAAAUAAUUCGACCUGUUUUGGCAUUUAAAAGUAAAUGCUUCUCCUACUCGUGCAAUAGACAUGAGAAAAUGGCACUUCAAUACGCACUUCACAGGUAAAAACUACAGUAUUAAUCGCUUGACAAAUGACAAUUUUGAGUAAUUUUAUGUCCGUGUAAGGGGGUGUUGGGGGCGACCAUUUUAAUAUCUAGGGAAUUCAGAAAGGUGUAAAUCAUUUGACCCCAUUUAAUAUUGUUGUGCAAUUUCUGGAACGAGAAAAUAUUUUUUAAAAAAUGAGUAAAUCAAACAUAACUACAUGGUACGACUUCAUACACACGUUCAACUCAUAUUCAAAAUGAAGAAAUGAUAUUCGUAUCAAGUUAUUCGCCACAUGUGUGAAUCUUAAACAUAAUUGAUUAUUUUUCAUAUUUUUCAGUCUUCAAAGCACGUUUAUGUGAUAUACGAUUGUUUAUGCUGGUGAUGAAACAUUUAUGUAUAUACUGUGCAAUUUUCAUUCUUAAUCCAGCCAGCCAUCUCAGUUUUGCAUGUCACAAUUUCAUAUCGAUAAUAAAUCAUUGCCACCUGUCA